AUGGAUGCUGGAUGUCUCUGUUUGAUAAGUGAAUUCUGGCUGGGGCUAAAGAAGAUCUAUGCUAUUGCCCGUCAGGGAGACGCUCUCCUUCUCGUUCAGAUCGUUGACUGGAGGAAGGAGAAGCAUUUCAUGGUUUAUCAGUACAUCCUGGGGGACGCUGCCUCCAACUACACAAUCCACCUGAAGCUGCGGUCGAGUGAGCCGAACUCUGCUACGGAUGAACACACUGGACUAAGGUUCUCCACCAAAGACCACAGUGAUGGAAAAAAUUAUCCUAACUGUGGCCAAGACUACACAGGUGGUUGGUGGUUUAGCAUUUGUGGCGACACUAACCUGAAUGGCAAGUGUAUUCAGAGCAGACCACGUAAAAAGGUCUGGAAACCUGGCAGAGGAACUACCAGCUUCAAGGCUUCAAAAAUCUCCAUUAGUCAUCUCACAAAAUCACAAACCUCUUAA